ACGAGAGGACUAACAGUGUUGCAUGCCACGGUCAUCGGUCAGUUUGGUGCGUUCGAAGCGUUCUGCUUUACUUUGUGUACUGUAGUUUUCGUUUACGUUUCUCGUAAGGAAGAGAAAGAGAGAGAACAACGCACUGGCAUUAGGAGAGAGCGCGAGAGUAAAUCCUGUGGGUGGAGAUGCUUAAAGAAGGCAGAAAAGCGAGAGCACUUUGCGAGAACGGGAUAGAAAAUUUGGUUGCCUGGCGACCAGCCAGCCAUCUAGUUCGAUCCCAGGCAACCGAGCAGCCACCCUUCGCAAGGAGCAGAAACAGUUGUCGUUAGAACUGUCAGAAGAGUGGUUAUAUUAUCUUCUUCCUCAAUUCGGAAAUAGCAAUUUAUAUUCCAUUUCGAAAGUAACAGUUUUAAAAUUCUUGCAUUCGCAGAUUUGACAGAGCCUCACUCGGAUUUUAAUAGUUCAAGUGUACUGUAAUGCUCUUCUUAUGAAACUAGUGAAUUUAUGAAUGCGGGAAGACCUUGACAGUGAUUUCGAUGAGAGGGAUUAAAAUGAUAAAGUAGAGAUAAGAAUUUAGAGACACUACAUUCGAAACUUGAAUAAUGCAAUCGGAGCAAUUCUAGUGAGCUGAAAAUGUCGCUGCUCGAUGAAUGCUCCAGAUCAUCGGAUGCACCCAUUUUCCUGGCCUGUUGAUAUGUAACGCGCGCGCAAAAUUUUCACAUAUUCGCAAAGUACAGAAGCCUCAGAAAUCCGGUUUCUCUGGCAACAUCCGCUUGUUAAAUGUGUUCUCUUUGUUGUGCUCCUCAGAGGGAUUAAAACGAAAUCAUGUUUCAGUGCAUUAUCCAGCAAAGGAAUGGCUGGAUUCAUCCGGCUAGUCCUGAUACCAAGGACGUCUUUCCAGACAUAAGGUUGCAGUUGAACGAGCAGUUGAAAUGUUUGGACGUUCGAAUGGAGGCACAGGUUGCAUUGGUGGCGGAACUGCAGGACUUCUUUAGGAGAAGGGCUGAGUUGGAACUUGAUUAUAGUAAAUCGUUAGAAAAAAUGGCCAGGAGUAUACAGCUGAGGCAUAAGGAACAAAAACAGAAGCGCGAGCAGUGGCCCCUUUUUUCUAGUUACGCGUGCUGGCAACAACUUGUCAACGAAACCAAAUCUCUGAGUAGAGAUCACGCUGCCCUCUCCGAAGUGUACAGUACGCAUCUAGUGGGAAGAUUAAAUCAAGUAAUGGAGGACGUUCAGCGCAUUUACAAGCGAUGUCGAGAGAUUGGUUAUGAAACACAUGAAGAAAUUUUGCGAGUUUUGCAUGAGCUGCAUACGACUAUGAAGACAUACCAAGCUUAUCAGGCAGAAUCGAGGCAAGCAGAAACCAAGCUGCGUGUUGCAGAACAGCAAAGAAAUAAAUUAGAAGUGGCAAAUGCGCCCCCUGAAAAACUCGUUCGUAGCAAAAAGUACAAACUUAUUGAGAAGGAAGUCAACAAGAGAAAGAGCAAGUACACUGAAGCAAAGUUGAAGGCACUGAAGGCCAGAAACGAGUACAUUCUCUGUCUUGAAGCUUCCAAUACGACGAUACACAAGUACUUUGUCGACGAUCUGUCCGACCUCAUCGAUUGUAUGGAUUUUGGUUUCCACAACUGUAUCGCGAGAGCAUUAUUGAUGCAUUGUAGUGCAGAGGAAGGGAGGCAACGUUCAUUACAAUCUGGAGCCGAGCAAUUAGCAGCUUGCGUUGGAGUUUUGGACUCUAGAGCUGAUAAACAAAGGUUUUUGGAGUCUCAUCACGCUGCUUUUAUGAUUCCAAAGAAGUUUGAAUUCCAGGGACAACGGGGUGAUGAGACACCUGAACCGGAACUACAAAAGGUGCUACAUACAGAAAUGGAACAACGCCUGUCACAGCUUCAGCAAAGAGUAACAACACUUCGAACCGAGUCUGAGGAAGUGUGGAAAACUCUGGAAACAGCUGAAGCUAGUCUGUUAGAAAUGUUGACUGCCAAAGACUAUGACUGCUCCAGGUACUUUGGUGAAAACGCAGUACCAACGUGGAAACCUCCGGAAACGCUUCAAAUAAAGUUGAGAGCUGACAGACAGGAGACGGAAGAAUUCUAUCUCGCGAAAUUUCGAGAAUAUCUUCUAGGAACAUCGAGAAUUGCAAGGCUGGAUGCAAAGCAAGAAUACAUACGACAAAGUUUGGUGGAAGGUUCGAAUGCCAGUCCGAAUCCUUCAAUCGGAACGACGAAGCAAAAGCAGGCGCGUAGGAAACGAAUUGGACGCUUACAGAUGAAUGGACAGCCAAAGUUGUUUGGGGGCUCACUGGAAGAAUAUUUGGAAAGUACAAAUCAAGAAAUUCCACUAAUUAUGAAAAGCUGCAUCAGAGUAAUAAAUCUCUAUGGACUUCAUCAUCAGGGAAUCUUCAGGGUCUCUGGGUCGCAGAUUGAGAUUAACAAUUUUAGAGAAUGGUUUGAAAGAGGAGACGAUCCUCUUGCAGACGUGACUGACGCCUCAGACAUCAACAGCGUUGCGGGUGUUUUAAAGCUUUACCUCAGAGAACUCAGAGAACCUUUAUUUCCCAUUAUCUACUUUGAGCAUCUUAUGGAAUUAGCGCAACUCGAAUCGAAGCAGGAAUUUGUGCUCAAGAUGAAAGAAUUAAUCUCCAGUCUUCCGAGGCCCGUGGUUAUCGUGAUGAGAUAUCUGUUUGCUUUUUUGAAUCAUCUUUCCGAAUUUUCGGAUGAGAACAUGAUGGAUCCGUACAAUUUGGCUAUAUGUUUUGGUCCAACUUUAGUUCCUGUCCCCGAAGAUAAAGACCAGGUUCAAUAUCAAAAUCAAGUCAACGAAUUAAUCAAGAAUAUUAUAACUUUUUGCGAAGAAAUAUUUCCAGACGAUAUUGGAGGAAUUCAGUAUGAAAAAUAUAUCAGUAGGGAGCCUGAUGACGUGGACGUUGGAGAUUCUCCCACUGACCAGGUGCAAGAAGAUAUGGAUUCAGAGGUUUAUCCCUCAGAAGAUGAGUCGGAAAACUUGGAGGCUGUGGCUCAAUUUGACUUUAAUGCAAGGUCGGAACGAGAACUCAGUUUUAAGAAAGGUGAUACGUUAAUUUUGUUCACACAAGUGAGCAAUGAUUGGUGGAGAGGUGCUCUUGCGGGAAGAGAAGGACUGAUUCCUGACAAGUAUAUUAUGCUCAAAAUAAAAGACGAAGAGCGAGAAAAGGAAUUGUUUAAGUCAUCAAGUGAGGAGUCGAUGAGAAGGGCGUCUAGUUCCGGAGAAAAUGUUGUUUCAAGUCACAAUUCGCCAUUGAUGGGUCCAACCAAUAAUUCAAACAUGUGGCAUUCAAUCGAUGCUUCCGACGCAUCCAUGGCCUCAAGUGCAAUGCAUUCGGACAGUACGAAUGCCAGUGGCAUUAUACCAACAGUGAUAUCCAAUGUGCCGUGCUUCACGUCGUCGCAACCAAUCAUCAGCCGAGAGGAGUCAGCCACGCCUACAAGAAUAUCCAAGUCAACGAGUCCAGAACGUGAAAAAUCUAAGCUCCGUCGAGAGCAAAACGAUGAACUUACAGACGAUAUAGAAAACGAAGACAGAACAUUUCUAAAUUCUCUAUUAGUCGACGAUCAGAAGCAAAAUGACGAGAGUGACGAUGAGGCGGAAAGAAUAGCAGUCGGUGAUUCAAAGAGAGGCGCUGCAAGAAAGCAACAUUGGAAAUCACAAAGCGUUGGCGAAUCAGUGCCGCAGCAGAUGAAUCCCCUUCACGUCUCCUCCUCGCACGAGCAGGACCUUCAGGAGCACACGACUUUCUCCGCGAAUCGCGAACUCUGGCAGAGAAGAGCCACUUCACAUGUCCAACUGAAUCCUCCCAUAACGCCAAAGUCUUUCCGAACAUCACAAGAGUUCCGGGAAAUGAGGCAAAAGCACACGCCAGAUCUUGUGAUGGAUUUGCCUUUGUCAGCGCAGGACUCCGGUAAAAAGUCUGCGUCGUCCAGCAGUCUCAGCAGUUCCGACGAGGAAACUCCGAUGCAGCCAGCGAGAGCGGAAGCGGCGACCUCGCCAACUGGAGGGCCAGAAUCCCCUGACAUGAGUACAGCAGCCGAGCGAUUCGCAAAACAAAAUCAGUGCACCUUGAAAAAAAAUACCAAGUCCACUCCGGAGGAUUCCAAGUUUAAACAAGUGGAGAACACUGAACAGGAAGCGGAAGCUGAACUUGAAGUUAACUCCAAUCUGAUCGACAGAUCCAAUAGUUCGAACCAAAUUUCAGAAACAAUUUCACUCCGUUCCCCUCUUCCUCAGAGAUCAACACCAAAAAUAGCAGCAAAAUUUGCCGACAUGCAUCUCACUGGGGGAAGUCAAGUUUCCAGUUUCAAGCCCCAAGUAAAGGUGAAACCUGCGAUUCUGCGAAAACCAGUUCUGCCUUUUCCACACCCGCACAUGAGUCCAGAGCUAGCCAGAAAAAUUGAGAAACAGGCUCAAAAUGUUGAACACACUAAUUAGGAAAGCAUCUAUUCAAAGAAUAUUCAAUUCCACUUCGUGGCAAUUCGAGUUUAUUUCACAUUUCCAAAACUGAGAAUUACUGCUGAAAAAGCUUGCGUUACAGUCUUCUUAUCUCAUUUGUUUAAUGUAUUUCUUAAAAUUUUUAUUCAUUUUUAUUUUUUUACGCACAUUAAUUUAUUGUGUUAAUUAAACAAUAAAAAUGUUUAAAAAGUGCACUAAUACCUAUAUUAAUUUUAUUAGAAUUUCAAUCUUUUUAAACAAAAUAUCGAUUUUAUUUUGUGGUUGAUUUCUUUUUUUUUUUUUAAAUUGAGCUUUUAAAAGAAUUUCAGUGAAAAAUUCUCAAAAAGGAAGAUCUGAAAACAGUUGGUAUCAACUUUGAAAAUACACAUCACUUUAAAGAACUCCGGCCAUCACUAGAAUUUUAAUUGAAAAUAAAGCCUCCCGUGCGUGAAAUCACCUCUAUAGAAUUGACCGAAAGUUCCCUCAUGUAAACUGCGCUAAUUUUUUCUUUUUUUAAAAAAGCAAUCGUGUAGCGUGCGGUUAUACAUUAUUUUUCUAAACAUAUACUCCCAUUAUUUUUAAUUAACAUUUUAUUUUCUUUAUUUUUCAAGGCAAUGAACCGCGAAAAGAUAUUUCUAGUCAUAGAAAAGAAGUAAUUACGUAAACGAAAAAGAA